AUGACGUCAUCCGCAGUAACCAAGAAGCCUGAACAGGACGUCGGGUCAGCUGGCAAUCAGGAAGUGGUCGAGAGCAAGGAACAUCAACAGAGUGCCAGCGCCAGCGUACGCAGCUUGCAUUGCUCGCAACCCUUUCAGUCUUUUGAACACAGUGCUUACUCUCAGCAGGCAGGCCUCAACUUGAACGUCUUCGGCGCGCUAUCUGGCGCAUUCUCGAGCAAGUCGACGAAGGAGACCGAAGCGGACGGCAGCUCCAAGGAAGUACGGCAGGAGCAGGUUUCGGGCUCAGGUGCUGGAGCUGGGAACCUCAACGCGAAUGCUGCCGCGAGUGCUGAAGAUAAAGGGCGCCAAAUGCGCGCGGCCAUUCAGGAAAAGAAUGCGAGCUAA